AUGUUGAAGCUCAAUGUGGAAGACCAGACUAUUCCGGUUGCAGCCAACUUGCCACCAAGCUACCUAUCGGUGCAACCUCUUGGGCUUGGAAAAGGAUAUGCUGGGCCAGAAGUGACAUGGAUAGACAACCAGAAGCCUAUUUUUGCUGUCAGCUUCCAGCUGAUUUCCACUGUGUAUUCAAGAGACCAGCAUCUGCAAAACCUGUUCGCACAUGCUGAGCGGCUGCAUGAGCCCAAGACUGGUGCCAGCCUUCCACCAGAGACUGAGACAUGUAAAAUACUCAAGGCGACUCAUGCUAUACAGCUGAACACUGCCAUAGAAUUCCUACCCACCCUACUCAACCAGCUGUUCAGCUUAUUGGUCUUGUCGCCUAGUCCUGAUGUUGGCCUCAAUGUCAUCCGACUGUUGGUACACCUGGUUCAUUUAGUGCAGGAAGCUGGCCGUGGCGACACACUCUGCACAUACGUCAAGGUAAGUUAUUUACUCAUAGAACUUCCGUGAUGCUUGGUCUUGUCACCUAGUGCUGAUAUGGUAAUACAGUAAUUUUUACAAGCUCAUAAUUUUCAUGAACAAAUCACAAUCAAAAUGUGAAUGUCCAAGUUAAAAUCUUUUAAUGACAAAUUGAAUGUAACUAUAGGAUGUUUUACAGUACAAUAUGAAACCUUGGAUCUUUAUCUUUAAAUUUACGUAUGUUUUAGUUCAAACAAAGUAAAAAUAGACUUGCUGUGAGAGAUC